AUGGAGACAGUGAUGGAGAGGGAGUGCAGCGCGCUGGGGGGGCUUUUCCAGACUGUCAUUGGAGACAUGAAGGUAACAUGAAGCUGAUCAUUAUUAUUAUUAUGAUUUCUGAUCGGAUCUGUGAUUUAAUCUGCCACAAACACAGCAGAGGCUCAGAGGAACACACCCCUCUGGAGGUCCUGUUGCAUCCGAGCAGGAGAAGCAGGAGAAGCAGACAUUUUCCUGCCUCAGUCGGUUUAUUGGAGAUCAUUAAUUCCCUAAUUAUCAGGGGGGGAGGAAAGGGGGAGGAGUGGGUGUGUUCAGGCUUCAUUUCAGGGCAGGUUUGCCUGCAGCUCUCUCUCCCUAAAAUGACCACAGCAUGUAAAGCAGCCUGACUCUGCAGCUGCAGCUACAGGCUGCUGACAUGCAGACAUGAAUGAUGGCUGCAGAUAAAAACACAUGAGCAGGAUGAUCCAGAUCAGGUUCUCCUGCAGAAGAUCCGUCUUUGUUUUCACCCACAGGACCUGGUUCGGUUGGACUUUAAUCUGAUUCAUGCAUCUCUAAAGAAAUCUGGUUUGCAAGAUUGUUAAACAGGAGUAUGUCAUUGUUUAUCUCUAAAUGUCAGAUUUAACAAGACAUCUCAGUCUCUGCAUGACCAAACAAUGACAUCUGGAACAUUUCUGUGGCCUGUGGUCCAUAUUAGGGUGGUUCUGAUUGAGAUAAUAAUAUGAAAAUGUGAAAGAUCUCUGAUAAUAACAGGUAGAGGUGUGUGAUAUCACCAAAAGUACUACCUAAUCGCAAAUAUUUGACAUCCGCUGACUGAACAGUUGAAGUCUUUAGAGAAACAUCUGUCUUUGUGAGGAUGAUCCAUGAGGAGCUCUGAAACACGGUGUUGUGUUGAUGUUUGGGUUUUGUCUCCUGAGCUGAUUGUUCGCAGACAGCUGCGUUAGCUUAGCCUGUUGUGAAAACUGCAUGUUACCACCUCAGUGUCCACACCAGAAAAUCACAGUUUCAGUGUUUUUACUCGUUAAUCUGCAGCUUUGCCAACGUAGAAAUACGUGUUUGCAGGUUAUUCUGCUGAGUUAACCCACUGUAGCCACACCCACACACACAUACACACACCUGUUUCCACGGAGACACAGUAACAGACAGGUGGUUUCUAACAGGUGUAGUGGUCAGUUCACAAAGAAACACACGCCACACCUUCUUCUUCUUCUCUUUCUUCUCUAAUUCAGCAUCCUCCUGUCCUCCCUCUCUGCAGGGCCGACAGUAAAGAGUUGGUGAUCUACUUCUACUGAAGUACUCUUAAUAAUAAUGAUAAACUUAAUUUGCCCCUUUUCUAGAACAGUUGUCACAAAGUUCUUCACAGUCAUCGUAUUAAAAACAAGGGUGAGACAACAAGAAGUACACGAGUAGUCAAAGUCCUGGUUAAACAGCUUUGGGAAAGUUUCCACAGAGAUCCAAAGUUUCUGAGCAAAAACCUCGAAUGCUCAGUCUCUUGGUUCGUAGUCUGGUCCAGGGACCACCAGCAGACCCUGAUCAGAGGAUCUUAGAGUCCUGCUGGAGCUAUAAGGCUUCAGCUGGAGUUUGUCCACGCAAAGCUCUGAACACCAGAACAAGUCAUUAAAAUUGGAUUCUGAAUUGAAUGGGGAGCCGGUGUGAAGACCUGAGGAUGGGUGUGACGUGGGACCAUUUGGGUGAUGUUAUCAGGAGCUUCGCUGCAGCAUUUUGAACCUCUUUCAGGCGGUUCAAAAAAGAGGUAUUUCAACAAGUAAACCAAGAAUUGCAAUAGUCCAGACAAAGCUGUUUCUGCAUUUUGAAAAACCCAAAGACUGACGUUUUAUCUGGUCCAGACACUAACACUGCUGUACAGACAUGAAUCAGCUAUUUAUGAAGACCGGGAGCUCAGGUGACCCCACAGAAACCGUGAAAUAACAGUUGUAGGUCCGUGUGGAGGUGGUUUUACUGUAAAAGUCAGUCUGAUGUGGAUCUCUCCUGAUCCAUCUUCUGCAGAUGUAGGUCUGGCUCUGAGCCGUUCAUCGUCUUACACAUCAUUGUGCUGCUGCUGCUCAAAUUGAAGACACAUUAGUGUUGAUCCGUUUAAGUGGAACCGAUCUGCAUGUGUCUCCCCCGGAGGAGAAUCUGUCUGAUCCUCUUACCCUGCGAGCUGCUUUAAACUCGGCGCCUUUAUUCUCACUUUUAAAGUGGUUUUCCCUCGUCGAAGAGAAGGUUCAGUGUCGUGGAUGUGGAUCACGACGAUGGUAGCAUGGUCACAGGGUUUUAAAACUCCUUUAAGUGACUUUUUCAGGUUUGAUGGGACAAAAUGGGAGAAAGUUUUUUUCAUCCAGGAGUCGUAGAAACACUUUAGAGCCCAGUAUUCACCUCCCUGGAUUUAACGUUUUACAGCUAAACAGUCAAAGUCCUGAAUACUUAAGUUAGACGGUCUCUGCAGCUGAUGUUGACGUAGAGAUUUAACCCUCACACCGCUGGUCUGUUCCUAGCAACUUGCAAGUAGGUGUAGUUUAGACUUGAGAUCAAAUCAGAGUUUUGGUUCCUGUUGUUCUUUGUACGUCUAAAAGAGUUUCGGGGUGUCCUGUGACUGCUUGUAUCUGUUCGAUUAACUGAUAUAAAGUGAAGCUUUAGUUCAACAUUUUGCAUGUGAAAUGACGUUAAACUGAUGUGUGAACCAGCCCAGGUUUAUUCCAGCCCUGGUUUUAUCUGAUUGGUCUAAAUGAAUGCUUUCCCAGUGUGUCAGCCGAGCUCUAAUAGCUCUUUAUCUUGGACCGAGCUGUUGGUUUAAUCACCUCUGAGCUAAAAUAAUCCCGCUCUCUCUCUCUUUUGGGCAUCAGUACCAGCUCCUCAUUGAAACUCGCCGAUAAAGCAGCUUUAAUAGAUUUAGUAGCUCAGCCAAAUGGGUCACUGUGUUUUGUUUUCCUUUUUUUGUGUGAGAGAGAGAAAAAAAGAGAGAGAGCCUGUUUGUUGGCAUUGUCUCUGGCGCUGACGUCGCUCUUUAUUUGCUUUUGUUUCUGAUUCGGUGUUUUCAGGUUCUGAGGAGUGAAAUCCUCAGCUGGGAUUGUUGAUUUUGUUUCACUAAUACUCCGGUUUUUCCUGGAGGUUUUCCCGUUUUUUUUUCCUGGGCUGCCAAAUCCACAAGGGCACGGCGGUUUUCUCUCAAACUCAACAAAACCGCUUUACUCUCAUUUAUUAGCACAGUUGGUAACAUGACUAUAGACUGUAGGAGAAGGUCGAUGGUACAACCGCUCCCUCAAAGUGAAGCCAACUGGGUCCUUUUGAAGACAGUGGAAAACCACUCCCAGAUCAGAACCAGAUUGAACUCGAUGGUCCUCAACAUCAUCCCACCUCGGAGUGAAUAUGUUGGAGUCGAGACAGGAGGAGUACGAGACGGCCGAACUGUUGUGUCUCCACUGUCAAAUCCACUCGCUUCGUGAGACCAGCAGCUUUUCCAGCAACAAACUCUUCCUGCUUUUUCCUGGUUGUGGGAAAUCGGUGUAUUUUUAAAACUCCUCAAAAACAAACUGAAUCUGUUUCAUUUUGACUCAUAUAGUGUGAUUCCCAGGGUGACCAUACGUCCUCUUUACCCGGACAUGUCCUCUUUUUUGGGGGGCUGUCCUCGCUUGUCUUGCUUUGUUUGGGGAAGUUUAUAAAAUCCUUCAAAUGUCUGCAGUUUUGUACCGAGGUUUUGAGUUUGUGUCACGUGGACUUAGUGAGUUAGAAGGGCGUAAAAGACACUCAAUCCGACCAGAAAAACUCUCAAAAUUAACAUAGUGCGACUCUGUGACUCCGCCCCCUCUAGUCACAUCCUCUUUUUGGGAAGUCAGAAUAUGGUCACCCUAGUUUAACCCGCCCCAUGUUUGGGUCAAGGACGCUGCUGCUCUUCCCCAAAAUACAUUUUCAUCUUAAACUGAGUAUGAAGAAUAAUCCGGAAUUUCUACUGCAUCCUGUGCCGCUCAGAUCCGGAGCAGCAGCGACUUUCACCGUACGUCAAUUCCUACCUACUGAUCCGUUUGUGAGACAAAUUUCGCGGUGGAUUACAGACAGCAGUAAUCAUGAGAACUCACAAGAACCCGCGGAUUCAAUCACACGAUAACGAGUUGUCUCUCUAAAGACAGACACAUAGACAUAUAAGCAGUAGAUUGUGUCCUUCCAGAGGAGGAAAUCUACUUCUAGACUUCUAGAAUCAGCAUCUCCUCAUCCAUGGUGUCAUCGGGGUGAAAUGACGUCUAAAAACCUUUCACUUGUUCGUCUCCACCGGAGUGUUUUAUUUUGAAAAGAAGCCGGAUGUUUUAUUUUGUGUCUGUGCCCGACUUCCUUUCCAGCACGGGUUAAUCUGUGCUGAAUUUAUCCGCCAUGCUCCGGCGUCCAGAAAAAACUAGAACUCUUGUGAUCAGCUGAGGAGUCCGGCGAUCCGCAGAGGAACGGAAAGAAGUCGGUGUAAAUUGACACGUUAACUUGAAUGGUUACGAUCAGCUACGAUCGGAGGAUACGACCUUUUAGGAGACGAUCAGGAUGAAGGUGGAGAUUGGGGGUAACUGUAUUAUUCAGUGCAUAAGAAAACUCAUGUACAGGAGCCCUGUGUGUUUUCACUCUCGAUCUGUAGGUCCUGGUCUUAUGGUCGUGAAGAUGAAGCUGAAGUUUGACAUCAGCUGUCCUCAGAUUAGAGAUGCUCCUUAUUAUCAGAUGUUUUUAGAUUAGUUUGUGAAUCAGGAGAAGAGUACAGAGAUGUAGAAACUGAAUAAAAGGUCAGUUUAGAGCUGUUGAAUAUUUCCCACAUUGUGCAGGCUUAGUUAUUCCUGAUCCUAAUGUUCAGUCAGGCUUCUCCUCUGGCUCUAAACCAACAUUUCAGAAAUCAGAUUUAUGUCUCGAUCUCUCAGGAUCGGUCAUAAAGAGGAACCAAACGGGGAUUUCUCCUCCUAAAGCUCCUGCAGCCGCUCAACAAACAGAGCGAAGGAUUCCUGAAGGACCUGCACACUAACGCUGCUGCUGCUGCUGCUGCUGCUGCUGCUGCUGCCUCUGGUUGUUGCCACGGUGACAAUUUAUGUCCUCAGUGACUGAUUGAUGCAGCGGCCCUGCCCUCGACGCCCGUGUGUGUCCAAUACAGAGAGAGGAAGAGGAGGGAGAGAGGGAGGAUGUAAUAAGAUGAGAGAUUAUAUAUAUUCGGCGUGAUGUGGAGGAAAUGAUGAAUGGGUGAUAAAGAGCAGGAAGGUGAAACGAGAGAGCAGGAAGGAAAGAGUGAGAGAGAGAAAAGAGGUGUAGAAAUGUGCGUGUUGAAUAUGGAGGAGAGGAAGACAAACACAAAGAAGGCGAAUGUGUGACACAGAGAGGAUCCUGUGUGUGUAUGUGUGUGUGUGUGUGUGUGUUUGUGUGUGUGUGUGUGUGUGUGUGUGUGUGUGUGUGUGUGUGUGUGUGUGUGUGUGUGUGUGUGUGUGUGUGUGUGUGUGUUUUUGGUCGAGGAUGCAUGCACGUGUGACCCUCUCCUCCCCACAAAUCCUUCUCUGUCUGAAGCCCCCUCUGCAGCUGCAGCGGGGUUGCCGUGGCAACGGUAGCCAGGCGAUGAUGCUGGGGAUCACUCUCACAACAGAGCGAGGCUGAACACACCCAGCUCGGCUCGACUCGGCUCAGCUGUGGCGGGCUGCAGGUUACAGGAGAUCGACGCUGACAUGAGCGAAGAGAGGAGGGCGGAGCUCGGGUUUGAUGGUUUUUCCAAACGCAGGUCCUCAAGGCAUGUUUGGACUGAGCCAGUUAAAAGUGGUUACUGUGAUUGUCGGUCUGUCCUCCUGGUGACAAAGAAAUCUGCCCACAGUGGAAAAUUUCAGAAUAAAACACACCGCCGUGGUUCAAAACAAUAAUUCAUUCUUACAUAGAGCUGAAGUCUGCGGGGGAACGAUACGCUUCCACAUCUGGAAUUCAGGUCAACGAGUCACAACAAAACAAAAAGAUGAGACACAAUUCAGUGAUCAGAAAUCAAUACACCUGGACAGUGGACGCACUUCAGCUGCUGGUGUUCUGGGACCAGGACAGAGGUCCAAUUAUAAGACUCAGUCAGGCUUCAACAGAAUCUGGAUUUAAGUGUGAAGUGAUUUAGAGAUGAAAUACCAAAGAGCUAAAUCCACUAUCUCUGUUUCAAGGCCUGUGAAAACAGCUGAUCACCAUGGUAACAUCCUCUCUGAUAUUCCGUUUUUAUUUGACCUCAUCAGAAGGAGGAUUUUUGUUAUCUUUGAGAACGAGGCUGAGAGGGAAAAUACUCAUCGGUGCAUUUCUACGAUUAUUUCUCACUCAUUUAAUCUCCAUUCAGACAAUUCUGGGAGUCGAUCCUUUUCCUCACCACGCCUGUUCCUCCAGACUCUACUGUUGUGUCGUUCACGAACGAUUCGUUCAAAAGAACCGAAUCUUUUGAGUGAACGUACUGAACCAAAUCACUUCCUCGUUCGUUUCUCUGUUCAGUUGAGCUGAAGUGAGAAACAGUAUUGUCAGGCGAGCAGCCGGCGAACGGGGAACCGCACGCACCGACUACUGAAUCACUUGGUGAACGAAUCACGCAUUGAACUUCACUCUCUGGAAUCAUUUUUGUUGGACGAAACGACCUUUUUUUCACGGCUAAAUUGCCACCACAACAACUUUCAUACAAUAGGACACAGCAUGUAACAACGAAGUGCAUUAAACCUGCAGCAUCCUAUCACUGCAGCGGUUUGUGAGGGAACGGUUCAUGUUCAGUUUAAAUUCUUCUAAACGUUCAGUGAACGAAUCACUAACUGAGUGAUUUGAGAUUGAGAUUCUUGACCAUACCGAGCUCUUCUAAUUUUAUACUUUGACUUUUCUGAGACCUGAGGCAAUAAAACUCAGAGUUUAUGGUUUUUGCAGCUCUGUUGUGAUGAUGUAUGAUCUGAAAAACUGGAAGAGAUUGAGAAAUAAUCCUGUUUGAAAUUGUUUUUGGUUUAUCCAGACUGUAAAAUAACACCACAGAUAUACAGGACUGUCUGAUGUUGUGGUGCAGUCUUUGUCUCACACAGUGUUUUCUGUCUGUGAUGAAAAAAUCUGAACUACAGUCCAUAAAAAUGGAGGCUGCUCAUGUUUUUGUGGAGUAUCUUCCACCAAAUUCGCCAUAAAGAUGUUUCACUGCAGCAGAAAAGACCCCACCCACCCACCCACCCACCCAUCCCCCAAAACAUCAGGAGACUCCUGCUGACUUCAGAGGCGUACCCCACUUUCUUCUUCUUCUACAGUCAUACUGUAGAACUGCAGCGUCUGAGUCCUCAUGGUAAAGACAGUCCCUGAUCCCGGACUGGAUUUAUAUUCCCUGGGGGGGGUUGUGCUCCCUGCAGACAGCCUGGGGGAGGAGGAGGAGCGGGUACAGAUCAGAGGUAUUGAUCUGUCUCCUCGUUGUCUGACGCUCAGGAUUUUAGAGGUUUUGGUUCAGCUGCAAAGUUUCUAUGAGGGGAUUAUGAACGCUUUAUUCUUCUUCAUGACUUUAUAUAAACAGGAAAUGAAAAAUGAUGGAGAGAUUCUUUAGAGGAAAACGGGAGGAUUAAAAAAAUCAGUUUUUAUAAAUGUGUGCAAACAUUUGAAUGUUGUCCAUUUCUCACAGACCUGCUGUGUCACAUAAGAUCUGAUCUGAACGACUCGUCUGCAGGAGAGAGAGCCGAGCAUUAAACCUGCCAUAGAGUCGUGUUAACUCAGUGACACACUGACCCGAUUCACAGAUUCUGACUUUAAAUGAGUGUGUUCGUGUCAGACAUGAUCAAUCAAUCACUGAUAUUUAACUCGCUCUCUUUUUCAGGGGAGUUAUCCUGUGUGGGACGACUUCGUCAGCAAGGCCAGUAAACUGCAGUCACAGCUCAGGUAACACACACACACACACACACACACACACACACACACACACACACACACCGUCAGGACUAAUGUGAAGAUUUACUGACCACACAGGUGGCACUCACACAGACACUCACACAGACACACACACACACACAUGUUGAUGGUCUGUAGAACCCGAGCUCAUGAAAAUCCAAUCAGUCUGCUUCAUUAAGUGUUUAAAUGUCAGCUUCACCUCUCCUGUGUGUGUGUGUGUGUGUGCGUGUGUGUGUGCGUGUGUGUGUGUGUGUGUGUGUGUGCCGCCCCGUCCCCAAUACUUUGGUUCACUCACUCUCUCUAUACACACACACACACUGAAGGUCACGUCAACACACAAACAGAAGAGGAAUACACACACACACACACACACACACACACACAAACUCCAAACUUCAACAUUAAUUCAUCUCGGACAACACCGACACACACUCUCUCCAGACAAACACACACCUGUACACUCUCUCCUGCCUGCCAUUUACUACACACACUUACACACACACACACUAACACUCAAACACUCACUCUGUGUGCACACACACACACAUGUGCACAACUCAAUUAACCUUCUGUGGCUGGCAGAGAUUAAUGAUGCCACCAUAAAGUCAUUAUCAGUCAGAUGGAUCAGCGGCGGCCUCCAGAGACUCUGCAGUGGGACAGAGGUUAGCAGAGGUUGAAGCUGAUUACAAACACACUGUCUGCCUCUUCCUCCUCCUCCUCUUCCUCUCUGCACUGUCACACUAUAAAUACACCUUUUCUGCAAACCUUCAAACUUCUGUCUGCUGUCACCACAUCCACCAUCUAAUGAGGUUAGCUUGUAACAGGAGCUAAAGACAGGAUUUCAGGCAGCCCCACAUUAUAAACAGGCAUGACUCUGUAGUGGAAAUCACUGCAGAUUUUCACGUUUCUUACUAUUAAUGAGAAUUUUUAAAGCCAUGAUAAUCAUGAAGUGAAAUCUGGUAUGAAUCAAAGUUUGACAUCCUAUCUCUGGGUAACACACUCAGACACUAAUUCUUUAAUUUUGUCUGUCAGGACGACGGUUGUCGCCGUAGCUGCUUUCCUGGAUGCCUUUCAGAAGGUGGCCGACCUCGCGACCAACAGCAGAGGUAAGGUGCUCUGACUGUUGUUUUCUGAGGAUGUCGAGUGUUUCUAAAAUCUCAAACCUGCUGUCUGUCUUUGUUAAAAAAUAAGUGUUUGUUUGAAGCUGAUUCGGAGAGGUUGUGGCGAGAUGUUAGCAUGGUGAGGCUAAUGAUUAGCUUGUUGCUAAAGGCUGAAUUAAAGAUAAUGGUGCGUUUGAUUCACCUUGGGAGUCAGAUGUCGGAGCUGAAAAUGAUGUCACGCCAGAGUUACCAGUGCAACCAGUUAGAAAAAAGCAAAAUCAGAGGGGGAAAGAAGAUGGCUACUUCUACAGAAGUUAUUUUAGUGCUCACCUUGUCCUAGCUGAUAUUCAGACAGGGAAAGCCCCAAAAUAUUCGUAGAUUGUUUCUGCCUCAGGUUUUGCUUUGUUCCAACUCGUUUUUUUUUUUAUUUUUGUAAAUUUUUAAUUAUUAUUUUUUAUCAUAAUUUUUUUAUAUUAAAAGAAUUCUGACUUAUUAACCAAUUUUUUUUCAAAUUUAUUUACCUUUUUAUUUAUUUUUUCAUUUUUUUAUUUUAAUUUUUUUAAUUUUAUUUUAUUUUUACCAACUUUUUAACUGAAAUGCUGUUUUUUUUAUUAUUUAUUUUUUAUUAUAAUUUUUUAUUAUUUUUUAAGGUUUUUUUAUUUAAUUUAAUUUUUUCCAACUUUUUAACUGAAAUGCUUUUUUAAAUUUUAAAUAUUUAAUUCUUUUUUUAUUAUUAUUAUUUUUUAAGUUUUUAAAAAAAAAAAUUAUUUAAUUUAAUUUUUUCCAACUUUUUAACUGAAACGCUGUUAACUCAGGUGUGGCGUCAUUUUCAGCUCAGACUUCUGACUUCCGAGGUAAUUCCCUAGCAGCAUUAGAUCUGUGAGGCUUUAUAUUUACGACACUCUUCUGUAGAUUGGACGACAUUAUCUACCGUUUAAGUCCAGCUGGUUAUUGUCUGUUGAGUUUUAUAUCGCAGCGAUGACCCUCAGGAAGCGCUGCAGUGUGAAAAUCUGGCGUUUUGAAGCUUUUGUGUUGGUCUGAAGAUAAUGACAGACGGACUCUCUCUGUUGUUUGAUUUCUGGCCCUCAAUCACAGGAACAGCGGGCGCUCUCAGUGAGUGGGGUCAUUGUUGUUCAGAGGCAGUUAACACGUCUUUGUAUGGAUUUGUACUUUUCUAUUAUUGACAAAUGAUCAGUGAGAGCUGUCUUCUGAUCACUGGACUCACACGUCAAUAAAGGUCUCUUCCUGGAUUGAUCAGAGUCAGCUCGAUUUGGUGGUUUUUUCACAGACUCUGAGUGUUUUGGUCGUAGAAACACCAGGAUCAUUUUGGACCUGCGUUAUUUACAGAAACAAAAACACGUCCUGUAAAGGUGAAUAAUAGAAUUUGUCUCUGGAGUUCAGGAGUACUACUCCGUGUCCUCUGAGGUGAUGGAAACACAAUGGUGUGUUUGUGCGUCUGCAGGGAAAUCUAGGCCAGCUUCUCACAGAGGGACUCGCUGUCACAGUGACAACAGCGGACGAGGAAACAAUCAGUCGAUGCUGCGAUGAUUCUGGGGCUGUGGGUCAAAGCUGCUCUGUCGUUCAGUGUGUGUUUGUGUGUGUGUGAAAUUAGAGGUUUGUGGACAUCCUGGCGGCUCCCUCUGAUCUCCUCGAACCCUGUCGUCUAAACUAACUCUGUUUGACUUUGUUGUUGAGCAAUAAUUAUGAAGGAAACACAGAUAUGAUUUUCUAUCAGUAAGAAGAAACCCUCACUAACUGUCUCUCUGAAGACGAUGUAUUCUGGACGUGUGGACUCGGAGUCGGCUCUGACAGGAGUGUUGAAUUAUUGAAUGGGUCAUUCUCACCAGUAGACCCAGCCUGCUCAAUAUUCUCCUCCAACAUCAUGUUUCUACAUGGAUGGAGAAACAAAACAGGGAGGAAACACAGAAACAGGCGAACGGAGACAAAGACAACAGGGUUAGAAGUGACGCUGCUGUAUGAAAGGAUGGAGGGAUGGAGGGAGGGCAGGUGGAGGUAAGAUAGAGGAGGAGGAUAGAGGGCAGAUGGUGAUGGGGAAACUGGGAGAGGAUGGAAAAAGAUGGAUGGAAGGGGGAGGGGGGGUUUUUGGCGUUCAUGUCCAGCCGGCUGCUGCUGGUGCUCAUGGCAACGAGAUGGAAAUCAGUGCAGGAUUGGGCCUGAGCGGGAGAACAUGAAUCUCUGUUUCACUGAAACUCUUAAAUAUAGACCGGCUUUAAUACCAAAAGGACCAGAAGUCUGCAGUAUUAGUGUGAUUAUAAAUCCAGACGAGACGCCUCACUGUGAACUGAACGUCCAUCAACUUCUGCAACAACCUCCGUAUCACUAAAGUGUCGUACCUCCGCUCUAACCGCCUCUUUCAGUGCGUAACGUCGUUGUUUUGAACGACACGUGAACCUUCGAUGAGGGAACUGUUCGGCACAAAGACAAACGAUGUUGACGGCUCGAUCCGGUUCCAACUGGUUCUUGUCUGGAGCCAGUUUUGGAUCCAACACCAGUCCACAUUACAGAGAGACACAGAGGACGUUCAGACGUAAACACUUCUAUAGAGGAGGAUCAGUGUCUUAUCAUGCAUAACACACACACACACACACACACACACACACACACACACACACACACACACACACACACACUAUGGAGAUAAGACACAGCAGGAGGUCCUUCUCUCUCCACUGGUUUUUAUGAAUGUAUAUAUAUGUGUGUGUGUGUGUGUGUGUGUGUGUGUGUGUGUGUGUGUGUGUGUGUGUGGUGGUCCAUGGUUACCAUAGCAACCUGCUCCCCGUCCUUAGAGGAUUCCGAUUUUAAAGGGCCGGUGAUCGCCCUCACUUCGGCAGAGGUCACUUCAAUAUGUCAACACCUGAUAAGUGAGGAGGACAUGGAGGAAGAGGAGGAGGAGGAGGAGGGACAACAUCAGGUGAUGGAGAGAGAGAGAGAGAGAGAGGGGAGGUGGUGCAGAGGAGGUCUGAGAGGAGAGAAAGGAGUGAUUGUAAAACUAAGAGGGUAGGAAAGAGACAAGGAGAGGAAACGAGAAGAGAGGAAGCAGGAAAGAAGGAUGUAAGAGGUUGAAGAAGAGAUGAAGAGAAACAAAAUAUUUACAUAAAGAAUAAAUUCUCAAACGAUGCAUUCAGGCGCAGCUCGGAAAAUCAGCUUGACUUUAAUCAGAAUACAGAUUAUGUUCACACACACAGGGCUGAAAACACGACUGUCGACCGCAGCUUUCCUCUACUCUGCUGUUCUGUCAGUUUCAACAGUUUUAAUGAUUUUAAAUUAAAUUAUAACGUUUUAUUGAUUUUAAGCCGUCAAAGACCUCCUCUGUCCCACGUUUCCAAGGGGAGUAAAGACCUAAACUGGGACCUAACUAGAACAGGUAAAAAGCUUCAGAGAGAAAUCUAACACCGUCCGAGAUAGAUGAAGAGAAAACGAGGAUGCAUUAUAUAUAGAUGCAAAAAUAAAAUCUAUAUAUUUGAGAUGCAUGAUCAGUUUGAUAAAACCAGCAGAUCUGGUGUCGGCGCCGUCUGUCCCGAAAUGACGUCCCCUCAGUCUGUUGCAGUGAAAUCCUCUCGUUGGAGUCGGUCUGCAGAGGAUGAAUCUCUGAGGACGACGCUGCUGCAGAGUGUGUGUGUGUGUGUGUGUGUGUGUGUGUGUGUGUGUGUGUGUGUGUGUGUGUGUGUGUGUGUGUGUGUGUGUGUGUGUGUGUGUGUGUGUGUGUGUGUGUGUGUGUGUGUGAUCGUCAGGUCGACUCCUCAGUGGUUCACAGAUGGCGUCCUCUGGCAGCUCUUUAGUCAGUGAUAUCAUCCCUCUGUCAGGUGAGUCGUACCUGCAGAGUCUGAUGAUCACAGAGUCUCUGAGAAGUCCGUGUGGAGAGAGUUUAUGACAGUGUUCAGUAAAGUUUAUUAACAGGAUCAGUAAUGAAGAUCAUUCAGGACCAGAUCAUUAAAAUUAAACACUUGUAUCAGAGAGGACUCGAACCUUUCCCCCCGCUCAUACUUUAUUUAAAGAUACGGAGAAUCAGAUCAGUCCAGUUUCAGAAAGCCCACAGACUGACCAGGACUCCAUGUCACACUGACCACAGGUCAGAUUCAUUAACGAGGCGCAGAGUGGUCACAUGAUCUGGUUUAUGUGGAAGCAGAUCUGAAGGGACUGCCAGCAGCAGCAGCAGCAGGUCUGUGUGGUCUUAGAGGGCCUCAUUAUGGUAUGGCAUCACCGUGGCAACAGCAGCAGCUGCCUGGUUUGACGUCACAGAGACUCAUUAAGAAACACUCACACAGUCUCAGAGCAUAUGGAGCGAAUGCAGACGGCCAUGUAGACUCACUGUCGACUAAACGAAUUCACAUGAAUGUUGAUAUGACGGCGGAGGAUUCGAACCUCCAUCUGCUCCUGCACAGCUGAGGCAGCUGUUUUAUUUUCAUACAUGUGGCAUUAAAAGCAUGUGCUGUUUGGAGAGCUUCAUCUGGGCUCAGCUGGUUACAGACCACUUCAGAUUUAUGGUUAUUUUCUCAGCUGUGCCACUUCAUCAUGAGUGUGGGAGCAGGACACGCUCGUCUCCGGCUGUGAUGGCGUGUCACGUGUCAAAGUUUUGAGCAGAAUCAGAGAUAAUCAAGUUAGGCAUGCAUCCUUAUUUUAAAGGUGGGAUGGGCAACAUUUUUGAGCGGUCCGCUCUUUCUGACUGUAAACAAAGUCGUUCUCCGCCAUCCUGACCUGGCGGAGAACGGCUUUGUUCUGGUUGCGAAGCAGACCCUGCUCCCGCAUGUUGUGAGGCAGACGCUCCACGUCCUUCAAUAACGUUCAGGAGCCCAAACAAAGUUAGCGUGCUACAAUAUCGGACAGUAGAAACCAACCAGAAAGUUCGGAAAAUUGUCUGAAUCCUCCUUUGGCCACGACUGCCGACACAAGCAAGAAAACAAAGUAAAUACCGGAGACUCUGGAGGAAUAACGGGCGCUUAAAACGGAGGUAGACCGGACAAGAGCUAAAAAGCCGGGCCAACAUAAACGAUGGGGGACGCUUGGGGAUCUUGGUGACCCUGUAACCUUUCUGCUGGACAGGUAAUGUUUUGGUUUUUACAAGUCUGACAAAAAGCGAACAGCGGUCGUUUGCAAAAUUUGCAGAGAAUUAGUAAAAACCAAGUCUGGUAACACAACCAACUUGUUCUACCAUCUAAACCGAUCGCACCCGCAGGAGUACGAGCUGUGUCGGCCGCGCCGCGGCUCCACGUCGUCGGAGGAGGAAUCCUCUGGAACCGCUGCCAGCACCAGCACAAAGCAUGUGAAGCAGACCAAACUGGACUUCGUUUCUUGCCAAAAUACGACAAAGCGUCCAAGCGGCAUAAGGACAUCACCCAUGCAGUGACAUGCUGCCAAUAACUACCGUUGAAAAGCCUGGCUUCGACCAGCUUCUAGCCACUCUCGACCCGCGAUAUGAAGUGCCCGGCCGCAAGUAUUUCUCAAACACAGCGCUUCAGGCAUGAAAACGGGUCAGGGGUUGAAAAGCUGAGAAGGGUGCGGAGGAAAUACGUUCCGGUGUUGUGCUGUAGAAUGCACCCCUGCAUCCCGUCCACUCAUUUGCUUCUUAAAGUGGAAGAAAAUGAGCUCAUACGCGAGUAUUUGGAUCAUGGCUACUAGCAGGGGGUGCGUUCGGCAGGGGUGCAUUCUACGACACAACACCGGCGUGGAUAAGUCCUGCUUCUCGUGCUCAGUUUGCGUAUUAAGUCAAUCAUAUGAUAAUUAAAAAAAGAAAUCUCCCGACCCCGGGAGACACCAGGCUGUGGGCAGUUUCCCACACAGUUAAAACUGGUAGUAUGCUAUUCCCACCUAAAGCUAUUCUGUUUAUUUAUAUAUUUGUUUGUUUUGUUUAUUUUCAUCAAAAGACUAUUUAAAUAUUUAUUUAUCAGAUUUUCUGUUCACUUUAGUCUUUAUGUUUGUCAGUAUUUACUGACGUCACUCAGGCCACUUAAGUUGAUUUCUUUUUUUUUUUUAAGUUCUUUUUUAAAAAACUUUCAGUUGUGGUAAAAAAUAAAUAAAAAGGUGGUUGAAUAAAGGUUUGAAUUUGAUUUUAGUGCUUGUGUGUUCUUUAUUAAAAGUAGGUCAUUAAGCAAUAGCAUAAAACAUCCAGGGCUGCAAUUAAAAUAUAUGUUAAAUAAUUAUAAUAAUUAUAUCGAUAAUUAUCGAUAUCGAUCAAUAUGAUAUAUUUUUUAUCGAUAUGCUUUUUUUCUUUUUUUCUAUAUCGUCCAGAAGUUCAGAAAUUUCCUCCAAAAAGAAGAACUCUGAUUAGAACCUUCAUUUAAACCUUCUUUUUUUUUCUGACCUUAUUCUACAAACUCGUCACUUCACCAAAUAUCUAACUCUGUCCCUCAGCUUUUCAGACACGUCUCCUCCUCUCCUCUCCUCUCCUCUCCUCUCCUCUCUCAGCAUCUCUAACUCGCUCUCUCUCUCUCUCAUUCAUUGUGUGUGAAAAAACUCAUUUAUGGUUUAAAAAAGAUGUAGAAACAGAGAAAAAUAUGAUGUUGGUUUAUUUCUAAGAGUGAUGCUGUAUUUGCUCGUCCUCUCACAGACAGUAUUUACCUGCUGUCUGUCUGUCUGUCUGUCUGUCUGUCUGUCUGUUUGUCUGUCUCGGAGACUCAGCCCGAGGGGUGUGUUUGAAUUAUUAACCAGGGGCGCCCAGCAGGUGAGGCAGUGUGUGUUCUUUUCAUCUGCUGCACAAACUGCUGCUAAUAAGUUACGAGGCCCCACCCGGCUGAGGGAGGGAGUGAGGGGAUAAUUAAGUGCUCCUCCUGCAGGUCUGGACUGGAGCGGUGUUCAGGUCUCUGUGGAGAGAGGCAGACAUGUUCCCCUUCAGCCGCUGACCCGUGGUUAGUCACACAGAGUUUGAUUUGUCCUCCAGGGAGUCACAGGUUUGCAUUUAGGGAUCUGGCGCAUAAAUAAAAGGUCAAUCCUGGAGGUGAUGUUCGGAAAGUGACGGCUAUUUUCUUAUAAGGACAUCCUCUAACGUCUGAAAACUGAAAACCGUGCUGCAGGACUCUGUGAGGGUGAGCGUUUGUGUUUGUUACAGCUCCCAGCAGGAGGUCAGAGGCUUUAGUAAAGGUUGAACGACUGUUAAAUAAUUCACCGUCACGCUGCAGAGGAGAACCCGCUUCACUGAUUCACACGGUUACUUCUUCACACUGAGACAGUGAAGCUCGGCGUUUAAUGAUCGCUGUUAAAGUGAAGCAACAGAGGAAGCUUGUAAUUAUCUGUGGAGGAGACCAAAACUGAGGAAACAUUAUCAGACUUCAAUUAAUCCAGAGACCACAAAAACAACUCUAAAUCAUGUUGUAAACUGCUGGUUGUGAAAACUUUAAGCUGUUAAUGAUUUUUAAUUUCCUAACGCCUCUUUCUGUCCUCGGUCUUCUUCUUCACUCUGUUGUUGACUGAUCCUCCAGUAAAAAACAAAUUUAAGUUCUAAUCUCUCCUAAUGUGAAUGUAUCCUCCAUCAGGAAGUCAUAUUUUUGUCACUAGCAAGACCAUGAACUGGGUUUGGGCCAAUCAGAAUCAAGUAUCAGUGUGACUUAAAUUAUAAUCCAAUCCAAUCUGCUGGAUUUAAAUAUCACAUUUUAAAAAAACAUUUAAGUUUGUCAAAGUGAUGCACAGUAAAAUUUUAAAGGAACAAACACGACAGAAAACGUCACAAGGAAAUAAAUAAAAGGAGGUAAAAAAAAAACAUUUAAAAUAAAAUAAAACAUAAAAAAAUAUAAUUAUAGGAAUUGAUAAGCAAAUAAAAUAAGUACUAAGUGCUUUCAGAGGCAUUAAGUGAUGGCAGCGAUAAAAGAAGCUGGUCAAAGACGAGACUUUCAGUGAAGUUUUAUUUUCUGUUUUUUUGUUGCUUUUUUUUUUAAUAAUGUCAAAAAACAGGAAAACCGUCAAAUACUGGAGGCUCAAGAAGAAGAUCUGUGAAUCUGUAGAUAUUUUAUUUCUGCACAAGAGGAAAUAAAUCAGAAAAUACCGAUGAAGAAAAAGGGCUUCUGCAGUGUGAAGGUAGACUAACUGAUUAAACGAUUCAUAUUACAGAUCUGAGUUUCUGUUUGUUGGAUUAUAAGAUGUAAAGAUUUGCCUGGUUUAGAAAAAAGUGUGUGUGUGUGUGUGUGUGUGUGUGUGUGUGUGUGUGUGUGUGUGUGUGUGUGUGUGUGUGUGUGUGUGUGUGUGAGUGUGUGUGUGUGUAAGGUGUUGUUUAUGUGCUGCAUCUCCAGGGAUUUGUGGGAGGUUCAAAGUGUGUCUGCUUUAACAGACAGCAGCCAAUCAGACGAGAGAGAGCGAGCGAGAGCUGUCUGAGCAUGCUUUGACAGUACGCACACAGACACACACAGACACACACAGACACACACAGGCGCACAUCUAAGUACACUAGUCGACUGUCAACACACCCCUCCUACACACUCCAGUGUUUGUAGAUGUUCAGCAGAUCGACGCUCUCCUGUGUGUGUCGGUGUGUUUUUCCUCUGAAUAGAUUAAAAAAACUGCCUUAAAAGUGUGUGUGUGUGUGUGUGUGUGUGUGUGUGUGUUUAAUUACAACAAUGAGAGUUUGACUUGUUUGAGUUAAAGCUGCAGAGACUCUCUUCACCUCCUCCUCCUCCUCCUCCUCCUCUUCGCUCACACUCUGUUAUUAUCUCCUCCGUCUGUUUAAAUCCUCUGAGCUUCUGUUUGUUGUUCACAUGUCGGCUCUCCGUCUGAACCGCUGCUCUCACAGUCGUCUGUUCGGUCCGUGAAAAUGUUGCAUUCAUAGUUUUUAUACUUUUGACCAAUAAUAAACCAGCAAACCUCAGCGGAGUCUGGAAAACCAGUUUGUAUUGAGAGCAAAAGCAGGAAAACCAAAAUCAACUCCCAUCAGCAGAACUCUCAUUGUCUGUCUUUAAUCAAACGUUUAUCAAUCAAAUCAAUCACAACAGUCGUCAUCCCAAGACGCUUUCCAAAGAAGAAGAGCAGGUCUAGACCACGCUUAUAGUUUGAUGAAUUAUCAAGACCCAACCUGAAGAUGGUACAGAUUAGGUUUGGAUAAUCAGUGUCCAGAUUUUGUAACUUUAAAAUCCAAACUCCAUUUAACGUUUACAAAGUUAUUUUCUUGUCUUCAAACCUGACACAGUUUGUGUUUUUUACUUUUUAGUAAGUACAGGGAAACUGAGACUCGCCACAAACGGAUGAAUGGAUGUUUGAUUUUCUGAGGAGGUCUGUGUCUUUGUCGGUUUUUUACUGCUUAAGUUAGGUUAGAGAAAAGCUUUUGUUUAACUUACCAGAAACAGUUAAAACAUGUUUCUGUUUCUGGGUUCUUACCACUGACUUAAAGGGAUACUCCAUGGUAAAAUUAAUUUAGGGUUAAACAUAUCACAUGAUCAUUUCUUCAUGGAAAUACAAUCAAACCGAGACGCCAAGACAGAAGAACUACCGCAUCUGUAAAAUGAUUAAUAUGAUGAUUAUUACUUCAAGGAAAUGAUGAAGAAAUGAUCAUAAAUGUUCUUCCUUGAGCUGCGUCACCCCGCUGUAGUCCGUAAUGGACUGGCCUGAGGUCUCUCUACAAACAAGCGUCUGCUGGAAGAGAGUAGGUGAGUUGUGUUUAGUCUCUUUGCUAAAGAAAUGAGUCAAAGUUAAAAAGAUGUUUGGUGUCUAGUACUAUGUCUGUGACCCUAUAUGUCCUGUUGAUGAAGGUAGGUGCUGUUCUGAGCAUUAUUUGUGGCUAUAGAGUGGCGUUUUGGUUGAGGGCGUGGUGCUCUGUAUUGCUAUCCUGCUAUCCUUGACCCUACAUUAAUUUUACGCUGGAAUAUUCCUUUAACCAGAACCAGGAUUCUGUGUAACUCACUAUUUACAGUUACAGCAGAGACUCGCCUGAUAAACAGUCAUACGUGAAAAUCUUUUUUUUUUUUUGUCGUGUUUACCGCCAACGUGAAACGUCUGGAUUGACACACUGACAUGUAUCUUUAAAUUUGGUCACACGGUCUCUCAUAUUUGGAGCAUAAACAUCACAGUGCAUGGAUUAGAAAGUCUUAGCUUGUUGGCGUUUAUCGCUAACUCCAAGUAUCGAGAAGUUCGCCGACGUUCCCAGAGGCGAGAGCUAAUGGGUUUUCAGAUCGGUCAUUUAGAGGCAAUUAAAGCAUCAGUCAGGAAAAAAGGGAACGACAGAGCAGGUAUGACUCCAGGUCCUUCAGGUGAAUACAGAUGUGUGUGUGUGUGUGUGUGUGUGUGGGUGGGUGUGUGUGUGUGUGUGUGUGUGUGUUUACACUCUUUUCUGAUUCAGAGCGCGUCGCCUUCUUCUCACAGCAAUUCAAGCAGCAUCAGCGUCUUUACAGGUGAGGUCAAACCCUGACACAAGCUUUUAGCAUUCAGAUACACACACACACACACACAGAGGGCAGUGGGUGUAUGCAGUUAGCUUGCCAAUGUUUUCAGACUGCAGAUUAGCGGUGAACAAGGAGCUCCGGUUUCAGCAGCUCGGGUCAAACGAAUCAAACGCUCCUUUUACUUUGUUCUAGUUUCACUUCAAAGUGUGUGUGUGUGUGUGUGUGUGUGUGUGUGUGUGUGUGUGUGUGUGUGUGUGUGUGUGAUGGCUGAAACUUGUCAAGUCCUCAGAGGAGUGUGUGAUGUUGUUUUAAAGUGUUCAAAGAUAAAAGAGCGUCUUUUAUCAUCUCGUGUGUCUCUGCAGAUCGAAACAUGUUUCCAUCCUUCGUGUGUGUUCAGCCUUUACAAACUCUGUGUGUGUGUGUGUGUGUGUAUGUGUGUGUGUGUGUGUGUGUGUGUGUGUGUGUGUGUAAGGUGGGUGUUCUUCCUCGCUCUGCCGCCGUGUUUUCUCAGCUGUCAGAAGAGGAGAAAGAAGCGAGCUGUCGUCUCUCUCUGUGAAUAUCUGAGCUCCUCUGAGGCCGAUAAAUCUGCCGCUGAGUGUGCGAAGGUUCGAGGAAUCAGGAGGGAGAUAAUAAGACAAGCAGCACUACUGUGUGCGAGUUCAAGAGCGUGCAAGAUAGAGUUACAACAGGUGUAGAGAAGUUCAGAUUUGUGGCAUUUUGCUGACAUUUAGCCAGACGCUUGUAGAGUUGAGAGAAAAGCUUUUCUGAUUUUCUGUGUGUGUAGAAACGUCUGUGGAGUGUGGAGACCAAGGCUGGAGAGAAAGGCAUUCUGGGAUGUUUAAUAUUGUAAAACUGAAGGCAAACUCUUCAUUCUGACCUCACUGUAUCAUCAGGUCCUGAAUCGUCUCGCUCAGAUAUCAAGGAGAUCUAACGGCUCUUAAAUGGACUCAAGGUUAAACGUAAAAGAGCCAAGAAAGAGAGAGAUGAAACCUCACAGUUGGUGCCGUGAUGAGUCAGAAAUUUGCAUUUUUUAUCCAAUUGAAAAACAUUUAAAAUCAUCUAACUGUAGUUUUAGGAGCUGAGUCGAUACUGAGAUGUUUCACCCAGAGUAACCUGGUUGAUGCUCCGCACUUCUGAGUUUUACUGUGAGCUGUGAUGAUCAUUGAAAGUUCGGACGCUGUUCCUCAGAUUCAGCAAACAAAAAAAUGUUUAUUGAGAUGAACAAAUACUGCAAAAAAAGGAUUUCAAGAAAGGAAAACAGCCGUGUAUGAAGGAAAGAAGUCUCAUUAUUUUGUACAAAAAGAAUAUUCAUCUUGUGGAGCAUUUUUGGCAUCAGAAACAUUUUUAAUUUAAGAGAAAACGGCUAAAAUCAUUCAUCUGAUUUUAAGAGAAAGACAAACAGUUGAUUUUUGUUUUAUUAAGAUUUCCACUGCAGGUCAUCUCAGAAUUUGCAAAAUUAUGCAGCCCUAGUAGAGAUGCUUUGGUAAAAACUCUCUCUCGCUCUCUCUCUCACACACACACACACACACACACACACACACACACAAACAGGAGUCAGUGUUUGAUCCUGCAGCAUUUUCUCUGAGUGGAGGUCACAGCAGCUGACAGGAGAGCAGCUGUCUGCCCGCUGAUGACUGACAGUUAUCACUGUCCAUUAUAACCCCAGUCCUCCCACAGGAGGACAUCAGAGACACCAGAGACACCAGAGACACCAGCACAGGUCAGCAGAGACCGGAUUAGUUUGUUUGUUUUGUUCAGGUGUUCCCCUCACCUGUGAAUCUGUGUGCAGGAACUCUGACGAGUUCUGAAGGUUCUGUUUCCUGGAGGAGGUCCACUUCAAGACGGACUCAAACAUGAGAGUAAAACCCUGAGUGCAGCAAACUGAUCCUCCUCACAUGUCAUCAGAGAGGGGGGGAUAUUCUGGGGUCACUAUUCAGAGAAUCUCAGGACUCUACUGUACACCCCCCGUCCAACACACACACACACACACACACACACACACACACACACACACUCCCCUGCUGAAGGCAUCCUAAGCCCGCGCUCUCUGCCUCCCCGGGUCAGUGUGUGUGGUAUUCAAGGACUGUACGACCGGGUCAACCUGAGAGGAGCUGCGAGGAAUCCUGUUUACUCCUCACACACACACACACACACACACACACACACACACACACACACACACACACACACACACACACACACACACACACACACACACACACACUGUGACCCACUUAAAGGGAAUACCAUCGAGUGUUUGAAUAUUUAGCGAGCCAACAGUCGGAGGAGUGACCCUUUAAUGUGCGAUAACAGAUCCCAUCUCCAACUUUGACUCCAGAAAAACAGAAACUUCAACUUUCUUUCAGUCUGAGCUUCAUCAGAACGACUAAAACUGAUCCAAUCGUUACAGCCACCUUUAUUAAAAAGACAUAAAAGUAGAUUUGAUUUUCUGAUUUGAUUUCUCUUGUGAGAAACGUGCCGAGGAGCUGAGGACCUCUGUAAAGACUGCACUGAUUUUAGUCUAAAAGAGUUUGUGCCUCUGUAACCCUGAUAUUAUAUAUAAGUAUAUAUAUCAAUAUUUAUAUUAUAUAUUCAAACGGCCCAUUGCAAAUAAAAAAGGUGAUUCAAAGAGCUGAACGUGGGUAAAAAAUGGCGUUUUAAUUUUCCAGUGAUUCAAAAGCUUUAAACUUUUAUAAAUACUAGAUUACUCUGUAUGUUUUCACUGAACCUCCUGGAGUUUUUCUGCACACACUGAACAUUUUUGUGAUCUGUAUUUCCUUAAAACUAUUUUUAAAUUUAACUUGCAGCCUGACAGGCGAAACCGAGGGCUUCAGGAGCCCACAUAUGUUUUAAAUAUGAAGAGUGACUCUAAUGAUGAUAAACCAGGUUAUUUAUAGUGUAAAAAAGAGUUUUUUCUUCCCUGCAGAAGUCAGUUAACUUAAGGAGGAUUCAGAUCAGUGAGAUGAAAACAGAACAUUUAUGACCUUUGUAACCAGCAGAGGGCGCCACCUGUCUUUGACUCCUCCCUUUUAGCGUUCAUAGUAGCUGAAUUAAGGCAAACGGGCAUGGAGGCAGUUUUUCCCACACAUAGACGAGACCUGAGCGUUUUAGUCUUAUUUUAGGACCUUUGCCCCGUUUUCCCAGAAGACCCGGAUCUGUGGAGGAUCUGGGUCCUCUGGUUCUUGAUGUGAAGUUGAAGCCGUCGUGCUCCUUCCUCUCCAUGAUGUCUCUCAUCACCUGCAGCUCAGUAUUUGAUGCUCGUGCAUUAAGGAGAUUGACAGCAGCGACACUCCUGCUGCAUGUUGACAUGAGAGACGUGUUGAAGUGGUAGAGUGACCUUCACUUUAUUUACAGAGAGAGAGAGAGAGAGAGAGAGAUACAGACUGAUGCAAGAAGCAGGCAACUCUCUGCAGCUGUUUUUACAGCGACCGUCAGCUGAUUGGUUCUUCCUGCUCUGUAAUCAGAUCAUGGAUUGAAAGUUUUGAUUUUUGGGAGGUUUGUUUAUGAUCUGUUAUUUUUAUGAUCGGUCACAUGGAUAGAUAUAUAACUUAACAGAUUUGAACAAAGUCUCCUGAGGGCCCACCAUCAGGGGCCGCCGAUUUAACGUUCAGAAAGUUCGUCUUUGUUUUGGAUGAGAAGGUUCGUCUCCACCAGGAUCAUCUCUGUGAUGUUGUGAGAUGAUUGAAACAUCAGUCUGACCUUCUCAUUGGUUGAUAGACUUUGCUGGUUUACAUCCAAUCAGAGCUCAGUGUAAGAAUUAAACAGGAAGUUAAAUUUACGUUAAUCCGAUCUCAGCAGGUGUAAUCAUCGAUAUUAUACACGUAGACGCCUCAUUACGUGCUGGAGCGAAAUCAAGCAUCGCCUCUGAAUACAGAAAAAAUCACAAAUACGACAUUUAAGAUGAAAAUCUUCAGUACAGAUGUCUGAAAUUCAAACAGGAGAAAGUUUGAUCUUGGACACACAAAUCGCAUGGAUGACAUGGUUAUACUGCGCUUGUAUAUAUACUGUAUCUAAAACAACACUUUGUGUGCACAACAGAAUUAUCUUGUACCCACAAGUUGUGAUCAUGUGCACACAAGAUAAUUUUAUGGUCCACAUGAUUCUAUUGCUAAGAAACAGGAUAUCUUCUUCUUCUUCUUCUUCUUCUUCUUCUUCUUCUUCCUCUUCUUCUUCUUCUUCUUCUUCUUCUUCUUCUUCUUCUUCUCCUUCUUCUUCUUCUCCUUCUUCUUCUUCUUCUUCUUCUUCUUCUUCCUCUUCUUCUUCUUCUUCUCCUUCUUCUUCUUCUUCUUCUUCCUCUUCUUCUUCUUCUUCUUCUUCUUCUUCUUCUUCUUCUUCUUCCUCUCUCCUCUUCCUCACGCUCCACUUCUCAGAAAUAGCUAACCUCCUUGUAGCAACAGUAGAAGAAACAUAACCUCGUACUAGAGGACAGUGAUUUACAGCCAGUCCUGCUGAGUGUGUGUGUGUGUGUGUGUGUGUGUGUGUGUGUGUGUGUGUGUGUGUGUGUGUGUGUGUGUGUGUGUGUGUGUGUGUGUGUGUGUGCAGCAGCAGCAGCAGCUCCUGCAGUGUCGUGACGGCUGAGUUCACAUCCCAGUCAGACGGAUUGAGACGGCCUUGAAUUCCAGGCUCAGAUUCCAGGUCAGACUCCUGCUCGCUGUAACUUCACGCCGAGACUCGGCAGCGUGUUGCAGAGUCCAGAUCUGCGGGAUCCGCAGACAGUGAGGUUAUCCUGCUGGAAAAAUCGGUCAGAGGACUCUGAGGGUCUCAAAUCGAGGUUACACUCAGUCUGAGUUUGUUAGACGACGGGAGGCUUUUACUGCGGCGGAUUUAACUUUGACCUUUGACCUUUUGGACAUUUAAAGCCGCUGUGAGGAGUUUUUGACAUUUAUGAGACAGACUGAAAUUUAUUUUGAUGCUUUAAAGGGAUAUUCCGAAGUAAAAUUAAUUUAGGGUCAAACCCACCGUAACACCGAGUUAGACCCCGCCUCCAGAGAUGAAUGUUGUCGACCGCUUACUUCUCUAGUUAUACCAACUUUAGUAACGACCGCAGGAUAGUGAUACAGAGAGCCACGCCCGGACUUGAAAAAUAAGAAAUAAGAAGUUCUGUGACAAAGUCCUGGUUAGUUCCCGCAGAGCGUCCUGGUCUUCAGGACUUCCUCUCCGGCCUGCGGGGUCAUGUUUGGUCUCUCAUGCAGAGGAGCGUCUGUGGAGCCUGGAGGCCGUUCAGUCAGACAGAGACGCCGCUCUGUCCUGAUGAAUUGGGUCAACUCGGUCUCAACGCCGUUCAAUUACACACAAACACGCCCAGAGUGAGAAAGUCCACAUCAGGUCAAUCGGCUGAAUUGAACAGGAACUAAUUGACUGACGGUGACCCCGCAGGAACUGGACCAGCCGGCUAAUAAAACACUAACCUAAUUUAAAGAGGGGGGGGGGCAGUAUUUGGAGCUCCAUCAGAUCCAACAGACUGAAAUAUUCUGGAUCUGAAGCUGUGAGGGGGAAUCUCUGUCCUUUCCUCUGAAUGAAGAGGCAGGAGAACCGUCAUCUCAGCGUUUCUGCUCUCAGGUUAAAGCUCCUGUGUUUUCAUCAGAUACUUAAAUCAAAUAAACCUGAUUUAUGAUUCUGCAGACUCUCUGAUAUCGAAGCGACUCUCUGACGCAGUUUGACUCGAUCUACGUCUGUGUGAAACUUUGAUCAUGUUUAUUUUCUGCAAACAUCAGAGCUCUGCCCAUCCUCACCGACUGUUUCCUCUGUCCUUUUUUUGGACCGAUACUGAAGCUGAACAGCUUGUUUCUCUGAGGACGCAGCAGAGAGGAGGAAACGAGGUGACAAGAGAGGAGGUAACACCUCAUCUGAAGGUGAGAAGAGGUGAGGAAGAGGAGGAGGAACAGAGUGGAGUAAAAAUAGAAGAGAGGCGGAUCGUCAGUGUUACACAUGGUGGAGGGAAAAAGGAGAGGAGAUGAGGAAGUGUGAAGAAGGAAAGGAGAAAGGAGAGGAGGAUGUGUAAAGAAGGAAAAGAGAGAGGAGAUGAGGAAGUGUGAAGAAGGAGAGGAGGAUGUAUUGACCCCAGGCUGAUACUUCCUGUCUUCACUAAAAUAGAAGAAUGAAUAAACUCUCAUCGACAUAAAGAGAUGAGCUGUCAUUCUUUCUCAUUUCCUCCAAACAUCUCCGUUUUUAACGCUUCAGAGUUUUUGGUUUGAAAGAUUUAAAAUCUCAUCAGUUGGUUUUAGAUUCCUUUAGACCACAUGUGUCAUUAUUAUUAUUAUUAUUAUGAUCUUAUUAAAUCAGUCUGGAGGAACAGUCGUCUCAUGUCUGUGUGGAGGCUGAGGAGAGGAAAGAAAAGGAGGAGAUGUGAGGAGAGGGAAGAGCAGAGGAGGAGAGACUGAGGUGUCAGUGGUGCAAUGCAGUGCUCUCUACCCCACCCUAAACACACACACACACACACACACACUUAUGCACGUGCACGUGGAGUGUACAUGUGGGACCAGUGACUCAGUACAUGAGGAGGAAAUGUGAGAAAAAAAUCAGAGACAGAAAAAUCUGAGAGGAAGUGUUGAAGCUCCUCAGGAGUAUUUUUGUCAAACGUUGUUUACAAAGUUCUUCUUCUUCUUCUUCUUCUUUUGUGUUUUUUUUAACAAACAUUAAACAUUUGUGGGUCUUCUGUCUGAGGGUUUGUUGGUCUGAGGUUUUGUUGGUCUGAGGUCUCGUUGGACCUCCAGGCUGACAGGCUAAGCUCUGCUGAACUUUCCCCCAGGAGGGAGCGCUCUCUCUGGGGGAGAGAGAGAGGAGGACCAUCUGUGGAGCUUCUGCUGCACCGACUCUCAGCUCUGACAUGGACCCUUCUCCACCCUGCUGGAGCAAAGGAAACGCUCAGAGUUGACCUCUGACCUCUGAGUGUGCUUCAGUGAUGGUUUUCGGGCUGAAAUGAUUCUGGUGUGGAGACGUUUACUGGGAUUCCUGAAUGUUUGGAGCGGAUGAAGUAGAUGGUUGGAUGAAAGGAUGGAUGUUUAAAGUGAUUCUGUUGAACUGACCCGCUCUCCUCCGCUCAGUUUCCUCCAUCUUUGUUCGUCUUCGGUCUCGUCUGAGUGAGUUUGUUUUCCCUCUGCAGUCAUUUCCAUCGUCUCACCGACAGCUUGUCCUCUCUGUCUGUUUUCAGGCGGGACCAGAGACAUCGGCUCGGCCCUCACCAGGAUGUGCAUGAGGCACCGCAGCAUCGAGGCCAAGCUCCGCCAGUUCUCCAUGUGAGUGGAUCUGUGUGUGUGUGUGUGUGUGUGUGUGUGCUGAACAGGUGUAGCAUCUCCUCCCAGCUCUCCAUGGCAACCUGCUCCUCCUCCUCCUCUUCCUCCUGCUCUCCAUCACUCUUCACUCUGAUCCGUCUAAAAAUAAUCUGGAUCAGUCCCGUUUCUAACUGGUCAGUAAACCUCCGGACGUUCAUUCGAACCCUGUCUCUGCCUCCUCAGCCUGAAAAACCUCCCCGUCCGUCUUUUCCCUUCCUCUCCUCCUCCUCCUCGGUCAUCUUCUUUCCUCCUUACCCAGCGUCUUUCCCUCCGCCUCAUCUUUUCUUUCCCUGCGUGAGUCCAUUAGCUCGCCCAGUAUGGCGGUGGAGAGUCACUCAGGCUGAAACGAGAAGAUGAGACCCCCCGCUGAGUCAGUAAACACGAAUGCAGAGUAAAGAUGGUCGAUGUACACACAAGAAUAACCCAGACUGUACACAGAAGACAUCCGUUUCUUUAUUCUGUUCAAAAACCUUCAGCAGAAGUUUCCUCCAGGAUCUCCUGAUCACUCCAUCCUGGAUCAUCAGGGAGAAACUCUACGGAUGUUUCCACACACCCUGUCUCAAACCUCAGCCUGCACGUGUGAGAGGUUCUUAGUGAGACAGAGAGAUGAGAGUUAACGAUAGGGCUGUAAAGUCCUAGUCGACUGUUCGACUUAAUGGUCGAAAAUUCUGAUUGGUCCACUCCAAAAAAGUGGUCCACUUUUUUUCUGCAUCAAUUUACAGUCUAUGGUUAAUUUCAUCAGGGGGAACGUACCAAGUGCUGAUGGGGGUGUUUUCAGAACAUCCCCCUCGUUUUCACCAUUUUGGAUUCGCCCAACCCCCCAGAGACCGGAGGAUUGAAGAGCGUCCACUAGGGGAAGGACGAUAUACUUUUCUCCUGAAUCGAUUCUUCUCCGAUUUUUUUGGAUGCUGUUUUGAUUUAAAUUGUGAUUCUAUGAUAUUGUUGAUUUUUAGUCUGCAUUUUUAACAUCAGUGAAACAGUUGAAUGAUUAUGAUUGUCUACUGACUUUUUCAGGAACCAUAUUUCCCUGAAAAAUACACAUCACAUGAAAGUCAGUUUUUAAGAUUUAUUCUUAAAUUUAAAAAAAAAAAAAAAGAAAAAAUUAACAUAAAAAUCGAUUUAAAAAUUGUAAACAAAAAAUCCCCAAAACUUUUGUGUAUCGUUUUUUUUUCUAGCGUCACCUGUAGCGUCCGCGUUAAUUAACGUCCGGUGGUUUGCUGAAUAUAAUGUUUGUGUUUACUUGCCUUAUUGUGCUGAUAUCAGUACAUUUUCACCCCGCUGAGCUGCGUUGUCCCCCAGAGUCCCCCCGUUGUCAGAGUCGGACCCUCCCCCCUUUCAUUAGUCGAUUUUUAGUCGAAAAUUUCAGUGUUUUAGUCGACCGGGAGUUUCUUGGGUUGAUUACAGCCGUAGUUAGCCAAGCAUACCUGCAGCUAACAUGACGAGUGUCAAUGAAAGUUCAUCAAUAAAAACUGACCGAGACACAACUUCAAAAUAAAAGCAUCGUGUGGGGACAAGGAGGCUUUCCCCACAGAAGGAAUAGGACGGGCUUUUACUUUGAAAAGCACCGAGUACAGUCAUCGAUCCUGGAUCUUAUCUAGAGUUUAAAACACAAAAUUGUCAGCGUGUUGUUUUUUCGACUAGCACCUGUACAUUCAGGGCGUUUGUGUUGAUGUUAGCCAUAACUGUGUGUGUGUGUGUGUGUGUGUGUGUGUGUGUGUGUGUGUGUGUGUGUGUGUGUGUGUGUGUUUGUGUGUUUACAGGGUGUUUCUGGACUGUCUGAUCAACCCUCUACAGGAGCAGAUGGAGGAGUGGAAGAGAGUCGCCAACACUCUGGACAAAGACCACGCCAAAGGUUUCACAAACACACACUGACACACACACACACACACACACACACACACACACACACACACACACACACACACACACACACACUGAGGAGGAGGUUGAAUUUUCUGCUUUUCACAUGAUGAUCCUGACGUCGUCUCUCGGUGUAAACUUGCGUUUCUCUGCAGAGUACAAAAAGGCCCGUCAGGAGAUCAAGAAGAGAUCCUCCGACACUCUGAAGCUGCAGAAGAAAGCGAAGAAAGGUUCGAGAUCUGCUCUUUUCAGCUCCUUUCAGUUCCAACCAUGACUGUGGUGUCAUCUAGAGCAGGUUAUGUAACAUCAUGGUGGAGAAAUCCUCACAGAAGGCGUCCACAUGUGUGAUGACCCUCUCUGGGUUAUAAUUGGAGGGUUUGUGGUUUUCAUGGAGUCAUAAAGUGGAAUUAAAGUGAUGAAGAAAGGACGUGUGAGGAUGUCAAAGUUAAUAUCCUGUUUUUUUCUUUCCCAACUGUCUGCUCCUCCUCCUGCUCCUCCUCGUCCUCCUGCGGCGUCCCAUCAUGCUCUGCUCCGCUCAGCUGAUGUAUUCGGUGAGUUUCUGCCUCUGCUCUCGUUCACACAUUUCCAAAUCAGAUCCAGAUCCAGAUCUCCCGGGUCGGCUGAAACAUGUUCCCACAUUGUUGAGAUGUUUGUGUGAGUCACAUUUAAAAGAGUUUCCUCAGUUUGUGGUGAAAAAUCCGACCGCGACUAAAAACAGACACGACGAUUUCAUCCAAUAAAGGAGCCGGAUUUAGACCGGCCCGGGAACCAUGAGGACAGAAUGAUCUUUAAAGUUUAUUAGUGGAGUGUUGUUUCGUAAGGUGGCCCGUAAAUAACAGUAGACAUCAAUGUUUGUCCAGUAGGGGGCGUUCACAUGUUUAUUUUUAGCAUUUCAACCUCAAAGAAAAAACGCCUCAGUAAGACUUUCACAGCUGUAAGGUCGGCUGAAAUAACUCGACGAUAGGAAGGGAUUGAAACAAAAUUUGGUGAAACCAUUCAUGAUCCCCAGAGGGUGAAUCACUCUGACUUUGGCCCUCUCUGUGGUUUUCCCUGUAGCGCCCCCGUUGGGUUGGAUUGUCAUUACCUUUAAAAGCUGAUUCAUGUGAUCGUUUUGUUGUCAGGAAAACGACUCGUGUUAAUCUAGUCGAUGGAAACGAUGACGGCAAGUUUGAUUCAUGUUUGAAUCACCGAGUUUGUGACACGAGAAGCUACAAUAAUUGGACCUUUGAAUAAGUCUGUUUUUACCGUAUUAUUCGUACUAUAAGGCGCACUAGAAAUCCUUUUGGCUUGUCGCAGCGCUGCGGCUACCGUAGCCUCGCUGAGUUAUUGAAUGAGUUAAAGUUUGAUUUAUCCGACUGUUUUGUUUGGUUUAAUGCUCUUAAUACUCCGGUGCGCCUUUUGUAUGAAAAUAGACGUGAAUAGAUGCGUUCAUUGAUGGUGCGCCUCAUCGUGCGAAAAAUACGGUAAACCUCGGAUUCAGGACUGUCUUUAAUAAAGUGUCUUCUGCCUUCGCCGUCUGGACUAAAACAAACCCCGCCCUCUUCUUAAACUAAAGUGUCAUAACAGCGUGACCCGAGUGUGAGGACAGAGUCACAUUGAUCAGUUCAAGUAUCGACCACUUCAAAGAGAGGAUGAGCUGAGGGUUCGAGUCCUAACCCACAAGAAAACUCCAGAACCAGUCGCUCCGGUCUGAUUCAGGGAUCUAAACCGGUCUCAUUAUGAGUGGAAACAAGAGCCAACAAAGAACCGAGACUAAAUAAACAGGACCCGGGAUCGACCCCAGAGGAACCUCAGAUGCGGUCGAGUCGCUCUCAAACCUGUUAUUACUGAACGGGAGAGAAAACCACCUCUGCAGGGGUACGAGCGUCAGGAGGGGAGAAGAAGAAGAGGAGAGAGGAAGAGUGAAAGGAGAGAUGAAGUCAGAGAGAAGAAGGGAAACUUCUGAGCAGUUAGAUGACAAAGAAAGUCGAGCAGAAAGUAAAACAUAAACAAACACACCAAUAAGACUUUAGGAUGAUUCUUGUCGGGUUUAUUAUCUAGAAUUUAGCAGCAUUUCAGUUCCUCAAACACGUCAGUCAACAACGCAAACAACAAGUCCUGAAGCUGCUGGAUCAACGUCUCAAAACUAAAUCAGAUUCUGAUCCGAACUUUUCUCUAUUUGACACUAAAUGACCAUCAUAGUGUCGAUCCUGCAGAUCCAUGAGUGGAUCCACGUCCAGAUUAGCUCUUCAAAGUUACUCUGAGCUGAUUUUUCUGUAAAAUUACCUCCAAUUGUUGUUUUAUUGACGUCACUGCAGAGAUUUUCUCCGAGCUGAGGCGGCUCAAAGACUCAAACUGUUUGUUUUCUGCUUUUUAGCCGUUCGUACACUAAGAUCUGCAAAGAAAAACAAACAUUUCUUGUGUUUUUUUUAGUAAUUUUAAGAAGUCAGCUUGUUUGUUUCUCUUUAUCUGCUAAAAUCGAUCAGUUAUAGUCACCAUUAAUCAUUAAUUUCCCGUCAUCUUUUUAAACUCAGGCUUCAGGAAACAUUCAAACAGCUCAGGUAUGCAGCGUCGGUCCUGAGCAUGUGGAGCGAACAGAUUUCUUGACAGAAGAGGAGGAAAUGAAAGAGAGAAGCACGGAGAAAUAAAACACAUCUACAGUCAGACUCUGAAGAAGAGGAAAGAGAUGGAGCGAUAGAGGAAAAGAGAAAAACACAAACAGGGAACGUGAACGUGGAUUUUCUCCUGUUGGCGUGGAGCUGCUUGAAUUCUUUGGAAAACCUGAAGGACGUUCCCGCCUCUCCGUCGACUCUCUCCUCCGUUUAUCUCCAAAGUUUCUGCCAGGAAAAAGUUCAUCUGAACCGUGACAGGACAGAAAUCUGCGUCUAUCAGAACCAAACCACAAAACCUGAGUCUGGAGUUUAAUUAUAUGUUGAGGAGCUUCUGUUCAGAUGAUUAGAUCACCAUGUGACCCUCCGAAAAGGGGAAAAAACAACAACAAUAAAGAAAUGAUGUACGGAAGCCCAGAGAGGGACACUUUUAAACCGUUAUUACCUGUGAAAGCAAAAAUAACUGAUGUGUUUCAACAAAAAAACGUUUAAAAGUUUAUUUAGUUUGGAAAAUCGGUGAUUGAUCGAAGUGAUUGAUGAACGGCUGCUGGCCUGACGAUGUUUCUCACUUUAGCUCAACUGAAUGAAUCACUUGAGGAAGUGAUUCGGUUCAAUACAUUCACUUAAAAGAUUCGGUUCUUUUGACCGAAUCGUUCGUGAAUGACACAACACUACAGGGGGCGCCAAAACCGACUCAAACUGAAUCUUUCUCACAGAUUUUGAAAAGAUCAAAAAAAUCUGAAACCAAUUUCUCAAUUUAGAAAUCUGAGAUUUUUCCUCUUUGGACAAAAAAUCUGAGAAUCACCGUCACACAAAACUCCUGAGAAAAGUAUAAACAAACUCUUUUAUUAGAAAUACAUGAAAACAUCGGAGCAGAGUGUAAAAGAAACAGUCAGAUUAUCUCUGUGAUUUUAAAGUGAGUUUUCAUAAUCAGUCGGUUUUUAACCUCGGUGAUAUUUAUGUGUCGUUGGUUGUUGGUUUCCGUCAGUGUGGUGAAGUUUCAGAGGAAAACUUGUGUUGUGGUGGUUUGUUGGAGGUUUUAAUGAUUGUUUUGGAGCCAUGAAGUGUUUUGAGUCUCUGAACAGGCUGUUCCCUCCGUGACUGAAGGUCUGUUUGGUAAAAAUACAGUUUCACAGUUUCUAAUAAGCACUCUGCUCUGCCUGAAGCUGGACGUCUGCCGCCUCUUUACCUCCAUCCUUUCCUCACCGUCUGACUCCAGACCUGCUCUGAGUGACGAUUCUCUGCAGGUCUUUAUCAGUGAACGGGACGUUAACUCUUACACUCAACGUUGUGUGUUUGUGUUUGUUUUCGUGCAGGCCGCGGGGACCUGCAGCCUCAGCUGGACAGCGCCAUGCAGGACGUGAGCGAUAAAUACCUGCUGCUGGAGGAGACGGAGAAACAGGCGGUGAGGAAAGCGCUGGUGGAGGAGAGGAGCCGCUUCUGCUACUUCGUCUCCAUGCUGAGGCCCGUGGUGGUCAGUCACACACACACACACACACACACACACACACACACACACACACACACACACACACACACACACACACACUGUACACAGACCUGUGUGUGAGUCGUCUGAUUUCUGUAGAGAUUCUAAAUAUUAAAGCUUCAUUGAGGAACUUUUGAUUCAGGUCAGGUUUGGCGCCCCCUCUGGACAAACUGAUUCCUCAUCCUGCAAAUUAUAAAUGAUUAUUCGCAGAGUCGUCUCUGAUUUGAUGAAGUUUUUUUAUUUUUGUGUCAGGAGGAGGAGAUGUCCAUGUUAGGAGAGAUCACUCACCUUCAGACUCUGACAGACGACCUAAAAACUCUCACCAUGGACCCUCACAAGCUGCCAGCCUCCAGUGAGCAGGUUCGACUCCGCCUGGUUUUUCCUCCGCCCUCUUUUGUUUCCGGUUCUGGACAGUGGACCGGUAUUAUUCUGUCUGUGUCUCUCUACAGGUGAUUGUGGACCUGAAGGGCUCUGAGUGCACCUGGUCCUACCAGACUCCGCCCUCGUCUCCGAGCACCACCGUUUCCAGGAAGUCCAGCAUGUGCAGGUUUGUUACCAUGGAUACAAAAAACACCUUUGAUGAUUCGAUCCUGUCUGUACUCCACUGCCCCCUGUGGUCCAGAGGUGAAACUGCAGAUUUAACAGAAGCCAAAGAACCUGGUCUGUUCGGACCUUCAGCUCGUCUGUUCUCAGAUGGUUCCUCUUCUUCUCUGUUUGACGCUCAUUACUGAAACCUGAUCAGGAGUGUUUCGACGGGUUUUCUUUCAGCUUAAAGGGACGGUUUGUUGGUCCAGUUCCCAAAAGCUGCUCUUGUACAGCUCUCUGUGGUCAGGCAGGACUCGACAAGCGUCUGCAUGUGUCUCAGACUUGUUUCUACAGUUGUUAGAAAAUCUCAAGUUUCUUUUAUGUAAUUCAGAUUUAGUUGAGAAGAACUUCCUGAACUCUCAGAGUCAGUCUGUUGGUCAGAGUUUUGAACUGUUUGUUUUUUAACUCCUGAACCCGUUUCUCUCUGCAGCAGUCUGAACAGCGUGAACAGCAGCGACUCUCGCUCCAGCGGCUCACACUGCCACUCCCCCACCUCACAUUUCCGUUACCGUGCCUCCUCUUCCUCCUCCUCCUCGGUGCUCCCCCAGCAGACGCCGGCCCGCCUCUCCUCCGUCUCAUCCCACGACUCCGGCUUCAUCUCUCAGGACGCCUUCCAGUCCAAAUCCCCCUCACCUAUGCCUCCAGAAACCUCACAGGUGAGGCGCACAGACCGCAGGGACACACCUGAGACAGAGACGAGAAAAAAACCUGAAGAAUGAGUCAGAUGAGGUCGUGAGAACGCACACGCGCUGUCAUUAUAUCCGGAUCCACAAGUGAGGUCAGGUUGCUAGGAUACGGAGCGCUCAUUAGCUGAGGCUGCUGUGUGUGUGUGUGUGUGUGUGUGUGUGUGUGCUGAGUCACCCUCAGGGUCACAGGCUCUCAUGCAGCUGGACUUCAUGCUUGAUUAGUCCCCACAGGGUUUCCUGAGCUCGUGUUCAAGGGCAGAGUGGUCGACAAAAAAACCACCGACACCUAAAUGUGUCGUAAAAAUUACUGAUUAAUUGACUCCUAUGAAAUUAAAGGAACAUCUUUGUUGAAGGUUACAGGUACAAACCGAUAAAGAGGGAAACUGUGACCCAGAUUUAUUAUCAGGAUACAAGAAAAUGUGCUGAACGUCGAUAAAUCGUGCAGGAGUCAAAUACUUGAUCUUGGAGACACAUUCACGUGCUGCACAGUAGGUCACACACUUUAAUUACACUUUAAAACCAUGAGUUUCAUCGGGAUGGGAAUCCAGAACCGGUUCUUGUUGAGAACCGGUUCCAAAAGGGAAUCGUUUGAAUCGAUAAGCAGAAUCAAUAAUGGCGUCAAUGUUGAUCAAAUCUUAUCAGUUCCCAUCCCUAGAGUUACAUCGUAGGUAAUGUAAAUAUUUAGUUAAGAACGUCUCCUGAACAGUAAAUCUGCACAGUCACAUGGUGGAUGAUUAAAACUUUAAAGCUCAAGAGUUUGUUUGAUAAUCUAGUAAAUAUUGAACAGCAGAUAAAUGCAUCAACACUGUUUGGUAAUAAUUCGUGUUGCACCUCAGAUCAUCUCAACUACAUGACAGAUCAGCUGUUUUUCACCUUAAACACUUUAAAUAUAAUAACUGCACAGCAGAGAAUGUAUAACAGGAGGUUAAGUUCAUUCAGAAGUCCAGCAGAGAGAGAGAGAAGAAGAAUGUGAUUGAGAGGGGGUCUGCAAGUCAUCCACUCAUAGCGCCACCAGAGGGCGACAUCAUCAAAGUAAUAUGAAGCUGAGUGGAAGUCAGUCCGGCCGAUUAUCUCAUCUGUUGCUCACUCUGCAAAGAUGCGUUCAUGUUAGAGGCGUUCAAGAGCUGUGAGGGUUCAGGGAUGUUUGAAGUGCUGCACAUUUCUCAUCCUCAGAAUAGAGUCGAAGUUUAACCGCCAAACAGCUCAGAGACUAAAAUACCUUUAAUGAGCCUGUGACGCCUCCGUAACCCACCUGGACUCUGCUCUGAUACCAACUCUGUUUUCAGACUCUGGAGGUUUUGACGGCGGAGUCAUCGAGGUUUAAAAAGUGUGAAAAUUAUGAGAUAAAAACGCAGGUAGAGGAAAUAUUGAACGCUUAAUUUCUGCAGAUUUCAUUCAUUCAUCCACCUCUUAAUAGAAACAGUUAAAUGAUUUCUAUUUCAGGAUUAUCUUUUAUCUCUUUUUUACUGAAAUCUUCUUAAAGCAGGAUGUUCAUCUUUGUAUUAAUCGUCUCAUCCCUCCUGCUGAAUCUGCUUCUGCUGCUUCUUCUUCUUCUUCUCCUCGCUGCUCUCCUGCUUCUGCUCAUGUAUCUCUCUGCCUUGCUAACACUGUUUCUCUUAUUCACACUGAGACUCUGAUUUUAUUACUAACCUGUUUCAUGCUUCUUCUGCUGUUUUCUGUCUUUCUCCCCGUGGUUUCCUUUCUCUGUCCUUCUUUCUUUCUGCGGUCUUUGUGUGUGCGCGCUCUGCAUGGCUCUGCUGCAGUCCUGUGUGUCUCCUUUACCUUCUGAGUGUGUCAGUGAGGACUCUUCCUCCUCCUCCUCCUCUUCCUCCUCCUCACCCUCACACAACGAGCCCCGCACUGGGCUUGACCAGGUGAACGUCUGCACAUGAAAACACACUCACACACACACACACAGAUCUGAAGGUUUUAAGGGUCAGUGGAGUCAGCGUUACUCUCUCUCUGGUCUGCUGUUGAUGUUUUGUGUUUGGAGGAGCCACAUGGAGCUUUAAACUUCAGUGUUUUCUUACGAGAAGAGUUGAUCUUCUAAUCAAAUACCAAAAUAACUGAAUCAAAUUAGUUUGUUGUGUUAAACUUUAAAGAACACACAGACGAAGAGUGCGCCUCAUUCUCAUCCAGGAAGGAAAAGCAGGUCUUCGGAUAGGAGUGAGAGCAAAAAUAAGAGACGACGUUUAUUUAAAAACGAUUAAAAUUUAUGAAUAAAUAGAGAAACAGUUUAAUAAAUUUAGCUUGGACUAAAGCCUGAAAAUAAACUCCUACAGCAGCAUUAUUAUUAUUAUUAUUAAUAAUUCAUAUUUAUAGUUUUUAAAAAUCACUGUGACGUGUGGCUCCUCCUCCUCCUCCUCCUCCUCCAGCUCCACUCAUGUCUGUUUUUUUUUUUCCAUUUUUGAUUUCUAAAGUGUUUCCCCGCCUCUCCAUCAUCCACUCACCCUCAGUUGUCGAAUGGUUUUGACCAUCACACUGCCCUCUGUCUGCACGGACUGGUACUGCAGGCCCCGGACAUCCACCUCCACCCUUCAUCCUUCACCUCCUUCACCUCCUCUCCCAUCUCCUCGCCCUCCUCUUCGUCCGUGUCUCCCUCCUGGCUGUGGUGUCGUCCCGGAGAGUUCCCUCCUCUCAGUCCUUCUGGGUCAGGAGCGACCCCGUCAAGAGUCCCGUCCUGGAAGGUUUGAUCCCAAAUCCCCCUGAUGUCCUCCUCUUUUCCUCUUCUCCUCUCUUCCUUUCAUCAGUCUGUAUUUUCAGCCUCAUCAUUUUUAAAGCAGACACACAGACUUUGUCUCCUCUUCAGUAACACGGCUCCUCAAUAUUCAAAUGUGGCAUUUUCAGGUCAGAUUCUGGUUUUAACUGGAUAUAAAGUGUCUCAACUUUAAACUGAAUUUUACCUGUUGGUGUAAAAACAGAUCCAGGGAACAUUUAAAUCAUUAAAAGGUCAUUUUUACAGACUAUUAUACAGUCAACAAACAGAUUACUGUGCGCCUGCUUUUGUUUUUGAUCAAAUGCUUCAAUCUUUUUUUUUCAACACAUCCUGAAUUUUACAGGCAGAUUUAUGUGGAUAAAUUCUGGAUUAUUCUUAUAUUAGAAAAAAGAGAAAUUUAAUACUGUGAGUGAAACUAUAACCCAAACAGGACAUCAAAACAUAAUUUGAGGUUUUAAAAUCUUUUAAACCUUAAAUCCAAAAAAGAAAUUUGAUUGUUUAUUGAGAAAUAUGAGCAGAUGGUUUCGGUCAUCCACAGGACAUCGUAUCAUUUUAAAGAAUCAGAGAAUCUGGAGAAAUCUCUGAACUGAAGAAACAUGACGAUAGACGGCCAAGAUAGACUUGACUCCGUUGUGGAAAUCACUGCAUUGGCUUAAAAUCACAUCUUUAAACUAUAAUCUGUCGCUUCAGUUUCAACAGCAAUCGUUAGCAGUCAAGGAGACAUCUUACUAAUGAAGAGAGUAAUCCCUCGGCACAUCCAGAACGAGGUUAACAGAGUUGACAGGAUUGACAUCUUCGCGCUAAAGAAGUUCCCUUCUCGAGGUUUAAUCGUGUUUGAAACUGUAACCGUAGUUUUUCAUCAUUCCAUCUUAAAAUGACUGAAACAAGAAGUAAAUCAAAAACAUCUUAACGUCGUUAUAACCAUGGAUCAAAACAGCUCAAACUGUUGAAACAUCAUAAACAACAAAAACGUGAGCGUAUCGCUGUUUUGUUUUGGGUGUAGGACUGGGCCAAACCGGGUCCAUAUGAACAGGGGAUGGUCAACACCCUGAAGAGAAACAAGGACAAGAGGGAGACCACAGAUCCCAACGGAAACAAUGACGUCACCACACCUGGAGAGGAACCACAAGGCGUUAAAAGAGGCAACUCUGUGAUGGCGGCCAAGGUGAGGUCAAUCAAAGGCCAACAGGUCAUGUGACUCAUCAGACGUCAUGUAAAUAUAUGUGUUUGUCUGUGUUUGUGUGCUGACCCUGCAGGAGGAGAGGGAGGUCCACGAGGAGUUGGCGAGGGUUUUAGCUAAAGGCCUUCGCUUGGACAUCCACGGCUCCAGCAGAGACUCGCUGCAGGGCUCGAGCGGCUACAGCAGCCAGACCAACACACCCUGCUGCUCAGAGGACACCAUCCCCUCACAAGGUGCAAACACACCAGAGCAUUUAAGAUGUAGAGUAAGACACUAUCAGGACAUGGGAACAGGCAACUUCAGAGGGUUACUCUGUUUGUGUGGUUGUUCCUACGAGUCGAGGCAGGGCUAGAUCAGCGACUCCUCCUGUGUUUGGGGAGGUUUUAGUAUUCUCACUCGAACAUGUCCACAUAAAUCCAAGUCUUGGAGAAGCAGCCCCCGUAUUUCCUUUCAUGCUGCAUCUACCAAAGACUUGUAGUGUGAGCGGUGACAGCUUUUAGAGCCGAGAGCGUGAAGUCCGUCUCUUCCAUUAGAUGUGGACUGAUGUGUUUUUGUGCGGAGGGAUUGUGUGAUCAAAUUGUUUUCUCCCCUCAGUAUCGGACUGUGACUACUACUCUGUGGGAGCGGAUCAGGAUGGCGAGCAGCAGCAGUCAUCGGACUUUGAUAAAUCCUCCACCAUCCCCAGAAACAGCGACAUCAGUCAGUCCUACCGCCGCAUGUUCCAGUCCAAACGUCCGGCAUCCACCGCUGGGCUGCCCUCGCAUCCCUCUGCCAUCAUCACCCCAGGAGUCGCCACCAUUCGCCGAACACCAUCCUCCAAACCCAACCUGCGCCGCCCCUCUGGGGGCCUAAGUUUGGGUCCCAUCCCGAUCAAACCCCCCAUGAUCCCAGUGAAGACCCCUACUGUGCCUGAACACCCUGGUUUUCCUAGCAGGUCGUCGUCAGAGGAUGGAAACAUGGCUCGGACUCCGCUCAGUCCACCAACCACCCCUUUGACACCUGGCAGCAGCGGGUCACCAAAGACCGGCCCAUGGCAGACCCAGCACACGAGCGAGGGACUGGAUCCUCCCACCCCACCACCGCAGCCCAGUGGUCGGGUGGAGUGGGAUCGGGGAUAUCUCCCAGAGCUCCUGGAGGAGACAGAAUACGGCGAAGUGGAGGAUUAUCUGGUGGCAAUUCGACGAGGCGUCAGGCUCAAGAAGGCGUCCACCAACGACCGAUCAGCACCGAUCAUUCACUGA